AUGCGGCCUGAUCACACGGACGAGCACAACCAAAGGAUACAGCAGAGGCCAGGCACGAACGGAGCAUCACAAAAUGGGUCAUCUCCGCAUACGAAUGGCUCCGUCAAGAGCGAGACGAAUGGGCAUCACACGAAUGGAAAUGGGGAGGAGGCGGUAAGGGUGAGGAACAAGGAGCCAUUCUUCGGACACGAUAGAGAAGAGGUCACGCGGAUAGUACUGCAGAGUCUGAGUGAUAUGGGGUUCCGAGGUGCGGCGGAACAGCUAUCAAGAGAAAGUGGCUAUGAGCUGGAGAUACCCAGUGUGGCGGCAUUCAGGAAUGCAGUACUUGACGGCAAUUGGGAGGACGCUGAAAGUCUGCUCUUCGGGAUGGAACCUAUCGAGCUGGAUGAGGGUGGUAAUGGGAGUUCAAGACAUGGUCUACCACUGGCGGAGGGAGCUGAUACGACGUUAUUGAGAUUCCAUCUUCGACAACAGAAGUAUCUCGAACUGCUGGAACGACGGGACCUCACACUGGCUCUGUCGGUACUGAGGAACGAGCUCACACCUCUUAAGACUGACGUGGGAAGGUUACAUUUCCUCUCAAGCCUCGUCAUGUGUCCCACGAUUGCCGACCUCCGCAGACAAGCCGACUGGGACGGUGUCUCUGGCUCGAGUCGUACAGUCCUGCUCUCCGAAAUCUCGAAAUACAUCUCACCCUCCGUUAUGAUCCCGGAACACCGCCUUGCGACCCUCCUCACCAAUGUUCAAGAAGAGCAAAUCCGCAAUUGCCGAUAUCACAACACCACAGUCCCGCCCUCUCUCUACACACCACACGACUGCUCCGCCGACGACUUUCCCCUCCACACCCUUCUCGAACUCUCCCACCACACGGAUGAAGUCUGGCACCUCGAAUUCUCUCACGACGGCGCUCUCCUCGCAACCGCCGGUCGCGACGGUCUAGUCUGCGUCUACGACACCAUUCGCUGGCGGCUAAAACAUGAAUUCCGCGAACACGAACGCAAUCAUCGUCACCCGCCGAGCUCUGUGACCUCUUCAAUCCCGCAUGCUUCCUCGACUGACGACCGCGGUGUCUGCUUCAUCGCCUUCUCUCCCGACGAUACACAUCUCAUCUCCUGCUCCAAGACCAACGACUUUGUCAUCGUCAACGUCAUCACGGGUCAGCGCGUCGCUCUUGUAGACGACUUUGACUAUCCCAUCUCCACCGCUGCUUGGCUGCCAGAUUCGAGAUACUUUGUCAUUGGGUCGCAGUCUUCGCAAAAGCCGCUCGGUCUCUACUCCCUCGCCAACUGCACAUCCGCCCGCCCCAGCAACAGCCGAACGCCGGAACUCCAUUCCUGGCGUGAGCCACCUUGGAGGUCCCAGUCGUCGGACAGUUCACCGGGGACGUUCCGCAUCACGGACUGCAGUGUCAAUACUGAGGGAUCACGGAUGGCGGCCACAACGCUCGACAAUCGGAUCCUACUCUUCUCGCUGGAGGAACGGGAUGCAUACAAGAAGUUGGCGGACUGGAAGAUGGAGGACAAAUUGACGAGUAUCAAUUUCUCCCGAGAUGGAGAGGUGUUACUCGUGAACAUGAACGAGGGUAGAGUGCUCGCGUUGAACAGCGAGACUGGCGAGGAAAUGAAGAGGUACGAGGGUAUGGUGCAGAAGGGAUUCGUCAUUAGGAGUGGAUUCGGAGGGGCAGGGGAGGGGUGUGUUGUGAGCGGGAGUGAAGAUUCCAAAGUCCUCAUCUGGCGCCGCAGUACGGGUGCGCCUGUCGCGGCUCUCGACGCGCAUGCUCCGGGAGCGGUGAAUGCGGUUGCGUGGCAUCCGAGGGAUGAGAGGGUUUUUGCGAGUGCGGGGGAUGAUCGGAGGGUGAGGAUGUAA